AAGAGCUUGAGGUCGAUCAGUACUGUGAAGGUCGAGAAGACCUUGAGAAGGCAUGCAUUGACCAGACCCAGCACUACUGCAGCUCCUCCUCCAGAUUACGGUGGUGGGUUGAUACAGAGAGCUUUGCCGCUUCUGGAAUUGCCACAGCAGGAACAUGUCUUAUUGUUGGAAGAGUCUUUUUUGCAGAGGACGAUAGGCGGGAUGGUGCAAGAGGUGAAGGCGAUUCUGCGGUCGAUGGAGGACGGGGAGAUCAGCGUCUCGGCGUACGACACGGCGUGGGUGGCGCUGGCCAGGGACCCGGAGAGGACCGACCGGCCACUGUUUCCGAAGAGCCUCCGGUGGAUCGCCAACAACCAGCUCGGCGACGGUUCUUGGGGGGACGCCGCCGCCUUCUCCGCCCACGACCGGUUGAUCAACACGUUGGCCUGCGCCGUCGUGCUCGCCUCCUGGAAUCUCCACCCCGACAAGUGCCUCAGAGGGGUGGAGUACGUGAGGGAGAACAUGUGGAGGCUGGAGGAGGAGGCGGCGGAGCACAUGCCCAUUGGCUUCGAGGUGGCGUUCCCUUCGCUGAUGGACCUGGCCAAGGAGCUGGGGCUGGAGAUUCCCUACUCGCACCCUUAUUUGCAAAGCAUAAGCGCCAUGAGAGACCUUAAAUUGAAGAGGAUUCCGAAGCAAGUGCUGCACGAGGUGCCGACCACGCUGCUGCAUAGCAUGGAAGGAAUGGCUGGCUUGGACUGGGAGAAGCUUCUUCGACUACAGUGCCGAGACGGCUCCUUUCUCUUUUCGCCUUCCUCCACCGCCUACGCGCUGAUGCAGACGGGCGACGGCAAAUGCCUCAAAUAUCUCGAGCGAAUCGUCCGUAGAUUUGAUGGAGGAGUGCCGAACGUGUACCCUGUCGACCUCUUCGAGCACCUGUGGGUGGUGGAUCGCCUGCAACGCCUCGGCAUCGCCCGCUACUUCAAGCCGGAGAUCAAGGACUGCCUCGAUUACGUGCACAGAUACUGGACGGAGGACGGCAUUUGUUGGGCCAAGGACUCGCGGGUUUUCGACAUCGACGACACGUCGAUGGGGUUCCGCCUGCUGCGGUUGCACGGUUACCCUGUCUCCCCCGAUGUGCUGCAGCAAUUCGAGAAGGACGGGGAAUUCGUGUGCUUCCCAGGGCAGUCGAACCAAGCGGUGACGGGGAUGUACAACCUGAACCGGGCGGCGCAAGUGGCCUUCCCCGGGGAAGAGAUACUGAAGCGAGCUAAGAGCUUCUCCUAUGCCUUCUUGCGAGAGAAACAAGCUGCACACCAGCUGCUCGACAAAUGGAUCAUCACCAAGGAUUUGCCCGGGGAGGUGGAGUAUGCUCUGGAUUUCCCCUGGUACGCGAGCCUGCCUCGCGUCGAGGCAAGACUCUACUUGGAGCAGUAUGGAGGGGGAAGUGAUAUUUGGAUUGGCAAGACUCUCUACAGGAUGCCUCUGGUGAACAAUGAUAUGUAUUUGGAGUUGGCUAAAUUGGACUUUAACCAUUGCCAAGCUCACCAUCAGCUGGAGUGGCUCUAUCUUCAAAAGUGGUACGAGGAGGCAGGCCUUGGAAGGCAUGGUGUGAGCAGAAGAACCCUGUUGGAGGACUUCUUCUUAGCAGCCUCUUGCAUAUUCGAACCCGAACGCAAGACUGAGAGGUUGGGUUGGGUUCGAACCCUGGUUUUCUCGAAGGCCAUUUCAGCCUACUUUGGCAGGGACUCAUGCACUGAAACUAUGAGACAAACACUGAUACUGAACUUCCUCAAUGCUGAUGACUGCUGCAGCAAUGAGCAUGGCACCAACAGGGCAGGCAAGAGUGGGAACGGAGAGUGGCUGGCCGAGUUGCUCCAGCAACUCGUCGAUGGCCUUGUGGUAUUGGGUGCGGAAUCUGAUCGAAAGCGAAUGCGCAACUACUUACUCGAAGCCUGGAUUGUGUGGUUAUCGACAUGGAAGAGUGAAGAGCAAGGAACCGGGGUGUUACUAGUGAGGACCAUCGAGGCUUGUGGAGGGCGUUUCGACUCGAUUCUAGCUCAACCACACUGUGACAUCUUAUCCUCCAUCUGUGAUCGACUUUUGCAACAAAAGCUCGACCCCAAGAACACGCACAAGGAGACACUAGAGGAGAAGAUGCGAGAGCUAGCUCAGUGUGUGCUCCAGAGUACUUCAGAGGAACAAGGGCUCGACUUGCACCAAACCAAGCAGACAUUUCUUCUUGUGGCAAAGAGCUUCUACUAUGUUGCUCACUGCUCAGAGGAUGUUCUCAACGAUCACAUCGCCAAGGUCCUCUUCCAGCCUGCGGAUUAAGAAUGAACUUAAACUGUGCUUGGUUUAAGUUCGAAUGAAUUGCAAGUGUAAAUAAUGGAACCUUUAUCUGGAUAAGUUUUCAUAGAAUAUGUGUAUCUAUUAGAUGCUGUUGCCCGGCAGCUUCAAAUGGCAGACAAUUGCAUGAUUCAGAGAAUAAUGAAGAUAUUCCGGCGGAUUC